AUGGAGGAUCAGUGCAAGGUGUUGCACGAGAUGAAAUUAAAGGACUUGAAGGCCAAAGGCUAUCUGUUUCAGGCGAUUGAUAGAUCGAUCAUGGACACAAUCAUGAACAAGCAGACGGCAAAAGGAAUUUGGGACUCCAUGAGACAGAAGUAUCAUGGUACAACAAAGGUGAAAAGGGCUCAGUUACAAGCUCUUAGAAGGGAGUUUGAGCUUUUGGGAAUGAAAGAAGGAGAAAAGGUAGAUGAUUACUUUGCCAGAACUCUUACAGUUGUUAACAAAAUGAAAGCUCAUGAUGAGAAGAUGGAGGAUUUGAUGAUUAUUGAAAAGAUCUUGAGGUCGAUGACUGCCAAAUUCGACUAUGUUGUGUGUUCUAUCGAAGAAUCUAAUAAUCUCACGACCAUGAGCAUUGCUGAAUUGCAAAGUAGUCUACUAGUUCAUGAGCAGCGAAUGUUUAACCGUGCAGGUGGAGAAGAACAAAAUGAAUGCCCGGAUUGGGAGAAGUAUGCACACUGUGCAGAGUUGAUGACACAUGUUGAGCUCAACAAUGCCAGAAGGGAAGAGGUUUGGUUUCUGCACUCCGGUUUUAGCAAUCAUAUGACUGGCAAUAAGGAGUGGUUCACUCUGAUAGAUGAGCAGUUUCGACAAUCUGUGAAGCUCGAUAACAAUUCAAAGAUGACCGUGUUUGGAAGAGGUAAUGUCAGAUUACAUGUUGAUGGAAUUACACAAGUGAUCACUGAUGUUUACUAUAUGCCAGAAUUGAAGAAUAACUUGCUCAGCAUCGGACAAUUACAAGAGAAAGGAGGAGCAAUAUUGAUCUGA